CGCCUAAACCAUUCAGCUUUCGCCGUUCUCUCACCAAGGGUACGAGCUGCAAUAAAUGAGGUCACCUGCCACACUUCCUGUUUGCAACCGAAAAAAGUUAGAGCUGAUAAAAAUAGAUUCUGUGCCCGUGGUGACGGGUGAAAAGGGUGAAGCUUCACGACAGUCUGGACCUCUGCAGCGCUCUCUGUCCCAAGGGAGGUCACAGACCCCAUCUGCAGCUGAGGCAACCUAGACACGAUGGUAUGCCCUGCAGGUGUCUAUGUGGCUCUAGCACUGACCUUAUUGGCCCUCGUCAUCUCCAUAUCCCUGAACGUCAUUUUUUAUUGGCAGAGAUAUCGGGACCGGCAGGGCACAGGUCAAAAGGAGCACAUUAUUCCAUACAACAGGGAAAACUUCAGUUCUGAUAGUGUUGAAGAGGAACGGCUUCAAGACAAUCCCAUUUAUGGUAAUAUCCACACAGACAGGGCAGGUGGAUGUCCGGCUGAAAUGUUGUAUGAACAUAUGGAAGCAAGCAUAUCAAGGGAAAAUAAGCCGGAGCUCCAUCCGAACGUAGACGUGUCAUACGCCUCUUUGGACCUUGUGGGAGGCAAAAAGAACAGGAAGAAACGAAGGGGAAAGCAAGCCCAGGCUCAGCCCAAACGGCUAGUCCAUGCCCAUUCCCAACAGGAAUUCCUGGAGCUGGAGGUGGACAGCGGCCUGCCACCCCGGCAGAGCAGCCCCAUGGUGUCACGUAACAGCAUCUAUCUCAACAGCCACCAGAUGGCGCUGGAAAGUCGGGAACAAGCGUGGGAGAUGAGACAGGAGAGACAGAGGGACAUGGAGACUGAGGCGGAUGUCGAGGCGAUCCACGACGACCCUGCUCGCUUCAUAAAAUGGGCUAAUCAAAGUCAAGCCUUCGACAGUUAGUGACUGCACUGCUGUUCGUGUGUUUAUGUCGCAGGAGUGACUUUGCAAUUACCUUUCAUUUCAGUCUUUAUUUCUCACUCACCAUUCAAUCAGUGCAAUGAAUCUGUCACCCAGCUCUUUAUAAGCAUAUAUUUGUAAGAGGCAGUACCAUACGAAGAUGCCAGUGAUCUGAGAGCCCGUAGAUUCCUACCGACUGCAGCAGAAUGUUUCUUUUUCUGUCCCUGAGAGUCGCUGCUGCAGCCCCGCGUCGCAGAUGCCCGAAUUCUUGGACUGACGGAAGAGGAUCUAACACUUAGACCUACGUUUGUAAUUUUAAAAAGUAUUUCCAUAUAACGUUCUGCCGAAUAUGCAAUAGAUGCACCCAGACUAUUCAAGCGUCUCAUUUUUAUUACCAACUGAAAAUGUUAUUUUAUUCUAACGGAAACGUACGGCUUGUUCACAGACGAUCUGCCGAUGUUGCCACCGCUUUGAAAAUCAGCCAAACUUCUCAAUGAUCGUCUUCGUGUGACGACCUUCUUGUCGUUUUUGGGUCACGGGCUAUAAAUGGCCAUCAUUCAUUCUAAUAAACGAGCCUUAUUUUCAGCGCAAAUCUGAGUGUGACUAAAAACGCGAUUAGUAAUAUGGGAAAUAUUUGUUUUAAUGACAACACGGGAUAAACAUUUAAUGUCGAAA